AUGGAAGGGACUGGCGGAGGGGAAAGGGCAUAGCCCAGUAGAGCGCUCGGCCGGCGUUCGGUGGAGAGUUCGGUUCAGUUCGGCACGAGUUGCCGUGGUCGUCGGUUGUUAGUAGACGUCUCCUGCGUGAGUUCUCACCGCUAUCUCUCUCUCUCUCUCUCUUUCUUUCUCUCUUUCUCUGUCUUUCUCUCCCUGCCAUAUCCUACCACCACCACUACCACCACCACCAUCACCACCACCACCACCACCACCACCACCACCACCACCACCACCACCACCACCACCACUACCACCUCCUCUACCAAACCAUCACCCCGCCACCCCUCCUCCUCCUCAAUCAGCCUCCCUCCCCAUUCUCUUGCACCCGACGAGCAAGUCCUCGAUGCCUUCGUCGUCGUUGUCGUCGUCGUCUCGAGUAUUAGUAGUAGUGGACCGCCGUUGCGCGUUAAUUCCUAAAACGGCCGCGCGGUAGUACGCAGCGCUGUCGUACGGCUCUACUUUUCGUCACCGUCUACGCGCUCGUCGUCGUCGUCGUCGUCGUCGUCGUCGUUGUACCGAGGAUUCGCCUGCCGUUUCUUGUUCCUUAAAUGGACGAGGAACAUCGAGCAUCGGUAUCGUGGCUGCCCAAAGGAAUUAUCAUGCAUCUUCUCAUUGUCUAAAGUUUCCCCGUCGCAAACGGUCGAAGAGAGACCCUAAGAAAAACAUGGCAGGGGUUGGAAAAAGAACUUACUUGCGGGAUGUGAAUCCCUAUCUCAUCUGUCCUCUAUGCAGAGGAUAUUUGAUAGAUGCGACGACGGUCGUUGAGUGCUUGCAUUCUUUUUGCAGAAGCUGUAUCCUAAAACACCUUAAUGCGGAGGCACGCUGUCCCUCCUGCAAUCAUGUGUUGAAUAAGGCUAAACCAAACAUCAAAGCUGACAAAGCUUUACAAGAUAUCGUGUACAAACUAGUUCCUGGACUUUAUCAUAAGGAGAUGCGCAGAAGAAGAGAAUUUUACAGAAGACAUCCCGAGCAUGCAGAUGUCGCGACUCCGGAGCAACGAGGGGAAGAUGUGAGCGGUCGAUUAAUCUUUGCGCCUGAAGACGCAGUCAGCUUGAGUCUCGAGUACCUUCCACCUGGUGCCGAUCCAUUGAAAAUCUUGUUGAGUACAAACGAAUCUGACCAUUCGUCUAACAAUAACAAUAGUAACAAUAACAACAAUAUUAGUAACAGCAACACUGUCAACAACAACAAUAAUAACAACAACAACAACAACAACAACAAUAGUAGUACUAGCAACAACAACAACAAUAUCAACAAUAACAAUAACAACAGCAACAACUAUAGUGGCAACAACAAUAGCAAUAAUAACAAUAAUAGUAGUAAUAGUAAUAAUGCUAGUAGCCACAUCACGAGCAAUAGACGGUAUCUUCAAUGUCCCGCUCUGGUUACGAUAGCGCAUCUUAAAAAGUUCUUAGCUUUGAAAUACAGCGUCGAUAUGACGAGAUACACUAUCGAAAUAUGUCAUCGAAGAGCACCCCUACCAGAACAUUGGACACUUAUGGACGUAGCCUACAUAUACGCUUGGAAAAGGAACGCUCCUAUGAGAUUCUUUUAUCGGGUUGCUCAAGAAGAACAAGCCUUGGAAGCACCUUUGCACGAGAGGCCAUCCACGCCUGGAUUAGGUGCUAGUUUGCCACCGAGCGACAAUUCGGUCAGCGACAAUGUGCGGGAUGAUGAUGCGGAACAAAUACUCGAGAUCGAACGUAAAACGAUGGAGGAUGACAAGGACGAUGUCGUAGAGAAAAAUGAAGUUGAAUCGUCCAAGGUGAAAUUACAAAUGCCAGUGGUCCUUUGCAGUCGUCUAAAAAUAUCGAAAGUGGCCGAAAAGGAUGAUAAGAAAAUGGAUGUGCCAUCUUCGACGGACGCUAGAACAUUACCGAUGACCUUGCCUUCUAUUACGACGGUGACGUCAACGAUAGGUACUACUACUACUGUGUGUUCGACAGCGAUCACACUUUCUGUGACUGCAUCUACCAUCACUGCAACAUCUGUCACUGCAACGGCAACUGCUACGACUGUAUCUCCAGCUGUUGCUAUAGCUACAGUUGCGUCUACAACUUUGGCUACAACUACCACGGCUACUGCUAUAACCACGGCUACGACUACUACGGCUACUGCUAUAACCACGGCUACGGAUACGGCUACAGCUACGACCAUGAUUACGACUACGGCUAUGACUACGACUACAACUACUACUACGACGAUACUGACUUCAACAACAGUGAAUACAAUGUCCACGAGUACGACCACCGCAACUAACACGAUGAUAACAUCUACGGUUAACGGCGAGGAGGGGAGUAAGCAAGUCAAAACGCCGAUAAAAAUAUUGAAAAAUUCGGAUGGGAAUUACGAGGUGUUAAAGAAUCCGCCCCCUAAUUGGCAUUCCAGAGAACAAAAUCCAAAUUCUUGCGACGUCAAACCCACGAGCCCUGAAUUCAGUGUUGUAAGUAUUGGGGAUGGACAAAAUUCCAACGGAGUGAAAAUAACUCUAAAACAAUGUUCAGCUGCUAAUACAAAUUUAAAGAAACCAAAAGUAAUUAGUAAUGUUUUGUUACACUGUGGACAGGUUGAAAGGGAACCAUCUGGCGGAUUGCUAUUCCAGCAUCUUCAAAAAGAUAAGGACAAAUUUCAAACGAUGGAGAAACAGGAGAAACAGAAACGCAGAGUUACUUUUAUGGACAAACCAACUACGGUAAAGCCUAUGUUUAAUGUAUCGAAAACUAUAAUAAAAAAGACAACCGAGCAAAACGAUCGGAAAAAACAGUUCCUUCAAGGAUUUCAAUUGGCGGCCAAAGAACCAACGAUUGAGAAUAUACUUAUCGAUAAAAGCCCUAAAAUGAUCACCGGAAAUGCAAAUCUAAUUAGUGAAAAUACAGCACAAACGAAUUCUAUCGUUAAUAAGAAAGAACAUAAUAACGUUAAAACAAAUGGUAUGGAAAUCGAAGGAACGAUUGAAAAAACCAAUACGGAGAAUGGUAAUCCCGUAUUUGGAAAUUUAAUAAAUGAUAAAAAAUCUAACAAUAACAUAGUAACGAAUCCAUCUCAUAAUAUAAAAUCUAAUAUUAAUAAACCAUUUAUCGAUGCUGAGACACGCAUUAUUGGUAUAAAUACAACUAGAAAUAUUAACGUUAAUCCUAAUGUCAAUGUCAACAAUAGUCCUGUAAAGAUGGACGUCUAUACUUUUCCAAAUGAUCCACCUGUAGUUCCUGUAGGUGCUGUUAAGAGAAAGUGUCCACCUGGUUUACCCAUUUGUGAAGUUAAACGUAAACGGCAACAAACGCCUCCGACGCAAUCCGCGAAAAAGGCAAAUGUGUCACCACAAAGUGUUGCCAAAGCUUCCCGAAAAUGUGUUACCGAACAACAAAUCAUACCAACAAAGAAGCCUAUGAAUGUGGUGAAUGAUUCAGGUCCCAGUCGUACGCUUAAUGUCGCGACGCCCAAGACGUCACCAUCGAAUCCAUUAUUUUCAAAUGACACGAGGAACCUUUUGGAUGGUUGUGGUUUAAAUAUACCUGCCAGUUUGAGUAUAACAUUGACGGCUCCGAAAUCUCCCGGAAAUAGUGGAUGUUCAAACGAUAUCAAUGAUAUCAAAGAUAAUCGAAAAAACGUUUUAGGAAAGGUGAGUCCAAGUAUUACACUUAACGAUAGAUGUGUCGAUCCUCGUGUAUUGAAAGCUCUGAAGACUGGACAAAUCAGGAUGCCUGCACCUCCUAAACCUAGACAAAUGAAACAACCAGAUCGCGAGAGCAAUCAUCAGCGUCAAACACCUACUGGGAAAAGGAAACGGGAACAAGAAUCCAGAGAUAUCUUGGAUUUGAGUGGUGGUAAAAAGAUGGAUAUACAUCCUUUGAGAAUACCUCAGCCAGUGACGAAACUAAAAGCGAAAUCGCCGAUAAGAGAAAAUAUACCAGGUAUCAUCGAUCAAGGACAAGUAGUUACAUUGAUGAGCGGUCAUCGAUAUUACAGAGCUCCACCAGGUUCUUUAACGCCGGCGGCUCAUCGCGUCAGCGAUUGUCCUCUUCCUACACCAGGACGUACUCCAGUUUACGCUCCAUCAGGAUUAUCUGGCUCAAUGAAUGGAAAUCGUGCUAAUAAUAGUCUAUCAUCCGUGUUUCCAAGCUUGCAGAGCCUAUACGCUCUGAGCCAAGCACCGAAUCUUCAACAAUUUCAAAUGGACGCGAUUAUGAGAUUACCGCGAGGUGGAGGAAAUAGUGGUGGUAGUGCUGGAGGCGUAGGCGGAGGCGGUAACGGGGGCGGAGAUAAUACAGUUCCGAAUAGCUGUAUAUCUAAUAACAUAGCAAGUUCCGAAAGUGUUAGUGUUGGUGGUAACGUACCUGGUAAGAGUCACUUAGCUGCACAGUGUGCUCCUGUGAAGCCCGCUAGAUCCUCGGUUGCACCUUUAGCAGUUCCUAUCACGAAGCAUCAAUCGACCGAACGGACUAUGUCUAAUUGCUUGAACAGACAAAUUGUGAACGAUACAAACAAAAAUAUGACUUUCCGUAAUAACGAUAAUUCACCGACAUCGGCCGAUAUCGUUGAGAGACUAUUCGCUCAGCCAAAAUACUCACCGGUUCUUGAUAGCAACGACAAGUUCGUUGUUCGAAAGGAAAAUGGAAAAACUACGAGUAGCAUCGAUGAUAAAACAACGUCUUCUAAUAUAUCGCGUGAUCUGAGAUUAGAAUUGAUUCCGGAUAAUUCGAACGACCGUAACAAUUCCGUGGGUCAACAACAGCAGCAACAACAGCAACAACAACAACAACAACAACAACAACAACAACACCAGCAGCAACAACAACACCAGCAGCAACAACAACACCAACAGCAACAACAACAGCAACAGCAGCAGCAGCAGCAACAACAGCAGCAGCAACAACAGCAGCAGCAACAACAACAACAGCUCCAGCAACAACAACAGCAGCAGCAGCAACAACAACAACAACAACAACAAUAUAAUCGCGAAGCUGCGAGUCCGAGAGUUUCCUCGACCGCUUCACCGUCUCCACCUCCAAGCGAGAGUAAUGGCAAUGGUUGCGUAGAUGAAAAUAGAGUAGUAAUUAGAAAACAAGAAGAUGGUGUUACGAUCAAUCGUUCGGAUGAAAAUCGAAACGAUAUGCCGGCCUCAUCGAACUCUUUAAAAAACAAUCCUAAUGCCGAGGUCUCAAGCACAAAGUCUCCUGCCAGUCCGGACUCGAGUUCCGUCGCUGCGGACAGUUCAGUCGUUAAAGUUUGCCCAAAUACGGAUCAACAACAAACUUCCUCGUCUACGCAGGAGUCAGAACGUAAUGUUAAAUCUAACGAAUCAACGAAUAAAACGAUGGACGUUUCUACGGGCGAAAAUUCUUCCGUUGACGGUGAAAAAAGUAAAACCAAUGCGACGAAAUUGUCGGACGGUAAACAAAUGACAUCUGAAAUGUUACAAAAGAGAUUAUUGGCGGCAUUUCCCACGAACGAAUGGGCGAACAAUCCGAUAGCGGCCGAACAUUUGGGAAACUUUUUAAAGAGUUUAAAUGCAUCGAUGAAAACGGAAAACAAUAAGAUUAAGGAUAAAACGAUCGAGAAUAUCGGCGAAAGUGAUAAAGAUAGUGUUAAAACAAUAUUUACGAACAACGAGGUGUCGUCGAAUCAACAAAAGGAAAUCGGCGAACGUUCGUAAUCAUUUAUUAUUUCGUUAAUAAUAGUUUUCGAUUUAAAUAAAAAAGAAUAGAAAAAAAAAAGAGGAAGAAGAA